AUGUCAUUCGCACAGAUAGUUAUUGGUCCCCCCGGUUCUGGUAAGUCAACAUACUGCCAUGGUUGCUCACAAUUUUUCAAUGCAAUUGGUAGACAUGUAGCUGUUGUUAAUAUGGAUCCUGCGAACGAUCUCCUGCCAUACCCCUGUGCUGUCGAUAUCAGAGACUUUGUUACUCUGGAGGAAAUCAUGCAGGAUCAACAGUUAGGACCUAAUGGUGGCCUUAUGUAUGCCGUGGAGUCCCUUGACCAGUCUGUGGAUCUAUUCAUACUUCAAAUCAAAGCUUUGGUCAAAGAUGAAAGAGCAUAUGUGGUCUUCGAUUGUCCUGGACAAGUGGAACUUUUCACACACCAUUCUUCCCUCUUUAAGAUUUUCAAAAGGCUCGAGAAAGAAUUAGAUAUGAGAUUUUGUGUUGUUAAUUUGAUUGAUAGCAUCUACAUCACGUCACCAUCUCAAUAUAUCUCAGUGCUAUUGUUGGCGCUGAGAUCGAUGCUAAUGCUUGAUCUACCACAGAUUAAUGUUUUUUCCAAGAUCGAUUUGCUUAAAAACUAUGGGGAAUUACCAUUCCGUUUAGAUUACUACACAGAAGUGCAAGAAUUGGAAUAUUUGGAACCUUACAUUGAAAAGGAAAGAUCACACAUGCGUAUUAGCAGAUUUAGAAAACUUACCGAGUCUAUUAGUGAAAUUGUAUCUGAUUUCAAUUUGGUAUCAUUUGAAGUUCUAUGUGUGGAGGACAAAGAUUCUAUGAUUCACUUACAAAGCGUUAUAGACAAGGCAAAUGGUUACAUCUUUGGUAGUUCAGAAAUUGGGGGUGAUACCGUUUGGGCUGAGGCUACGAGACAAGGUGCAACCAUCUCAAAUAUCGAUGCCCAAGAACGUUGGAUUGAUAAUAAGGAGCAUUACGAUAAAUUGGAACAGGAGAAAAAGCGGAAGAUAUUGGAAGAGAGGAACGAUCAGGAAAAGACAUUCGAUGUAGACGAUGAAUGGGAGAGAUCACUAAAAGAUUGGGAAGAGAAGCAGGGCAUGGACUACGUGAGGUAG